AUGGCGGAGCAGAUCCCUCUGUACCCGGUGCGCAGCGCAGCGGCCGCGGCUGCGGCCAACCGCAAACGCGCGGCCUACUUCAGCGCAGCUGGGCCCGGGCCGGGGGCCGACCGGCCCAGCAGGUACCAGCUGGAGGAUGAGUCAGCCCACUUGGAUGAAAUGCCACUAAUGAUGUCUGAAGAGGGCUUUGAGAACGACGAAAGUGAUUACCACACUUUACCACGAGCUAGGAUCACGCGAAGAAAGAGAGGCCUGGAGUGGUUUGUCUGUGGGGGAUGGAAGUUCCUCUGUACCAGUUGCUGUGAUUGGCUGAUAAAUAUUUGUCAAAGAAAGAGAGAAUUGAAAGCUCGUACGGUGUGGCUUGGAUGUCCGGAAAAGUGUGAAGAAAAACAUCCCAGAAAUUCUAUAAAAAAUCAGAAAUAUAAUAUAUUUACCUUUAUACCUGGGGUAAGAUUGUAUUAUGCUAAAUUUAAAUUCUGAAAUUUAAAUAUUUAUUACUUUUUUAAAAGAAUUUCCCCUUUUUUGUUAAAGUCCAAUUUUCUCAAAUACUAUGUUUUAUUUUGUUUAAAGGGGUUUGUCUUGGCUGUUACUAUUAUGAGAGAAGCAGUUGAUGAGUUUCGGCGUUUCCAGCGAGACAAGGAAGUGAACUCACAACUGUACAGCAAGCUUACAGUAAGAGGUAAAGUGCAAGUUAAGAGUUCAGACAUACAAGUUGGAGACCUCAUCAUAGUGGAAAAGAAUCAAAGAAUUCCAUCGGACAUGGUAUUUCUUAGGACGUCAGAAAAAGCAGGUUCAUGUUUUAUUCGAACUGAUCAACUAGAUGGUGAAACUGACUGGAAGCUGAAAGUGGCGGUGAGCUGCACACAGAGGCUGCCCGCUCUGGGGGACCUUUUUUCUAUCAACGCUUAUGUUUAUGCUCAGAAGCCACAAUUGGAUAUUCAUAGUUUUGAAGGCACAUUUACGAGGGAAGACAGUGAUCCACCUGUUCAUGAAAGUCUCAGCAUAGAAAAUACAUUGUGGGCAAGCACUGUGGUUGCAUCAGGUACUGUAAUAGGUGUGGUCAUCUAUACUGGAAAAGAGACUAGAAGUGUCAUGAAUACAUCAAAUCCAAAAAACAAGGUUGGUUUGUUGGACCUUGAGCUCAAUCAGCUGACCAAAGCACUAUUUCUGGCCUUGGUUGCCCUCUCGGUUGUCAUGGUGACCUUGCAGGGAUUCGCAGGCCCCUGGUACCGCAGUCUCUUCCGCUUUCUUCUCCUCUUCUCCUACAUCAUUCCCAUAAGUUUGCGUGUGAACCUGGACAUGGGCAAGGCUGCCUACGGGUGGAUGAUCAUGAAAGAUGAGAACAUUCCUGGCACCGUGGUCCGGACCAGCACCAUCCCGGAGGAGCUGGGGCGCCUGGUGUACCUGCUGACCGACAAGACAGGAACCCUCACCCAGAACGAGAUGGUAUUUAAGCGGCUGCACCUGGGCACUGUGUCUUAUGGGAUGGACACGAUGGACGAGAUCCAGAACCACCUUGUGAACGCCUACGCACAGAUGCAGUGUCAGGCUGGUGGAAGCAGCACUGCUUCGACUCCUCCGAGGAAAGCCCAAUCGUCAGCACCCAAGGUGAGGAGGAGUGUGAGCAGCCGGGUCCACGAGGCCGUGAAGGCUGUCGCCCUGUGUCACAAUGUGACCCCCGUGUAUGAGGCCCGCGGCACGGCUGGCGAGACCGAGGUCGCCGAGGCGGACCAGGACUUCAGUGACGACAACCGCACCUACCAGGCCUCCAGCCCCGACGAGGUGGCCCUGGUGCGGUGGACUGAGAGCGUCGGCCUCACGCUGGUCAGCAGAGACCUCACGUCCAUGCAGCUGCGGACCCCUGGCGGCCAGAUCCUCACCUACUGCAUCCUGCAGACCUUCCCCUUCACGUCGGAGAGCAAGCGCAUGGGGGUCAUCGUCAGGGACGAGUCCACAGCAGAGAUUACGUUCUACAUGAAGGGCGCUGACGUGGCCAUGGCCUCCAUCGUGCAGUACAAUGACUGGCUGGAGGAGGAGUGUGGAAACAUGGCCCGUGAAGGCCUGCGCACGCUCGUGGUGGCCAAGAGGGCACUCACGGAGGAGCAGUACCAGGACUUCGAGAGCCGCUACAACCAGGCCAAGCUGAGCCUCCACGACCGGACGCUCAAGGUGGCCGCGGUGGUGGAGAGCCUGGAGCGGGAGAUGGAGCUGCUGUGCCUGACGGGCGUGGAGGACCAGCUGCAGGCGGACGUGAGGCCCACCCUGGAGAUGCUGCGCAACGCCGGCAUUAAGAUAUGGAUGCUGACAGGCGACAAGCUGGAGACCGCCACGUGCAUUGCCAAGAGUUCUCACCUAGUUUCUCGAACACAGGACACACAUGUUUUCAGGCCGGUGACCAGCCGUGGAGAAGCCCACCUGGAGCUGAACGCCUUUCGAAGGAAACACGACUGUGCACUGGUCAUUUCCGGGGACUCCCUGGAGGUCUGCCUGAAGUACUACGAGCACGAGUUUGUAGAGCUGGCCUGCCAGUGCCCAGCUGUGGUCUGCUGCCGCUGCUCGCCCACCCAGAAGGCCCACAUCGUCAAGCUCCUGCAGCAACACACAGGCCGGCGCACCUGCGCCAUUGGUGACGGAGGGAACGAUGUGAGCAUGAUCCAGGCGGCAGACUGCGGGAUUGGCAUCGAGGGGAAGGAGGGGCGGCAGGCCUCGCUGGCAGCUGACUUCUCCAUCACACGGUUCAAGCACGUCGGCCGCCUGCUCAUGGUGCACGGCCGCAGCAGCUACAAGCGCUCUGCGGCGCUCGGCCAGUUCGUCAUGCACCGGGGCCUCAUCAUCUCUACAAUGCAGGCCGUGUUCUCCUCCGUCUUCUACUUCGCGUCGGUCCCUCUGUACCAGGGCUUCCUCAUGGUCGGGUAUGCAACCGUCUACACCAUGUUCCCUGUGUUCUCACUGGUGCUGGACCAGGACGUGAAACCGGAGAUGGCCAUGCUCUACCCGGAGCUGUACAAGGACCUCACCAAGGGGCGAUCCUUGUCCUUCAAGACCUUCCUCGUCUGGGUUCUGGUCAGCAUUUACCAAGGCGGCAUCCUCAUGUUCGGGGCACUGGUGCUCUUCGAGUCCGAGUUCGUGCACGUGGUGGCCAUCUCCUUCACGGCGCUGGUGCUCACGGAGCUGCUGAUGGUGGCGCUGACCGUCAGGACAUGGCACUGGCUCAUGGUCGUGGCCGAGCUGCUCAGCCUUGGCUGCUACAUGGCCUCGCUCGCUUUUCUCAAUGAGUAUUUUGACGUUGCCUUUAUCACGACUGUGACCUUCGUGUGGAAAGUGUCAGUCAUCACAGUGGUCAGCUGCCUCCCUCUCUAUGUCCUGAAGUACUUGAAGCGGAAGCUGUCCCCGCCCAGCUACUCCAAGCUCUCCUCCUAGCCCCUCCCCGCACCUUCAGCUGGUGGCCGUCAUGUCCAGAGUGCCGCAGCUGCUGAGAGCGUGUGAGGCCAGAAGGGCCCAGGAGGCCCAGCCAGGCGCCGUGGACGUCCUGCCUAGGCACCAUGGACUUCCCUCCUUGUCCUCAUGGGGCUGGAUUUCCUUUCGUCCCCUUUCUGUUGUUUCUCAAAGUUUAAUUUCCAUGUAGCAGCAGCUUGAGUUUCCAUGAAUAUGAGCCCUGUUACUGUAAAGCACCAUCAUUCUCUGCUGUUCUGGGAACUGAAACGAAAGUUUAUCUACUGUCCUACAACUUACCAACUAACAUUCAGGCUCUUUCUUUGAUGUCAUAACAGAGAGUCACCCCUCUUCACCAGAAUAAAGCCUUCGUUCUGUCCA